AUGGCUCCUUCAGCUGCAACAUUUUACAUUCCACUACCUGAGCACAUUUCGCAUUUUCCUGGAGAUCUUAGUGUCCUACCUCUUGAACUGCUUUGGUUGGUCUUUGAUAAAAUUCUCAAGGACAGCCCUCGUCUAACCCACGGUGCUCUUUGCUCUAUUCGAAAAUUAGCGCACACGAACAAGCAAGCAGCAGCGCAUAUCGAUUCAUAUCAACACAAUGGCAAUCAUAUUGACAGUGCUGUUCGCGACGUUCGUUGGUGGACCUACAGUACUGCAGAGGGUACAAUGAAUGAAAACAACACACCCGUUUAUCCAAUCACCAGUAACGAGUCUGAUGUUAUCACAGGAACGAUCCGAGACGAUUGUCCAGACUGCUUCAUGUGGCUGCGUACGGUUAUUCCAGACCUGGACGGCACUGGAGUGAAUGAGUAUGGCUGGAGCUUUCUUGCCAUUGCAGGGCAUCAUGCCUCCUUCAGGAUGCUCAAGUACUUCUUCACUGUGAGCCCGUACCACGACCCUUGCAUUCCACUGAUUUCUCGGGCAGCCAAUGUUGCGCGCCCGACUAUGACCACCAUGCGGAUGAUUACCGACCAGCACAAUGCGGAGUUCCUUAGAGCUCUUUUUGACUUUCUGGGACAUCGAAUUCGUGAGUUGAACCCAAAUACUGGCAAGCUAACCCGCGAGGAGACACUUUGUCUUUGCGCAUUUGUUACUCCCGCUUUCGCUGAACAGAUAGAGAAGAUCGGUGUGACACUAUACGAGACGCGAGAUGUUCUACCGUUUAACCGCAAUGCAUACCAUGCAGCUGUUCUUAACAGCACCGAGUUUCUAGAUUACUUGCAUGCAAAAUCGUCGCUCCCUAUUAACGCGCCUGAUGGUGGAGGUGAGACCCCCCUUCUCUGUGCAAUUCGUGCUAACCGACUAGACUCUGUUCUAUGGCUCAAUGAGCAUGGUGCUAAACAAGACUGCAAAGGCUGGUCCAGACUGACAGCAGCUCAUAUUGCCGUCAGGUUGACCUCCGAGGAAAGCGAGAAGAUGCUGGAGGCUGUUAUUCCUGCUCCUACAUCUGAUUCUGAGGCAAUCGACCCCAGCGCUUGUGGCACUAUGCUCAGAGCUCUAGUGGAAGGUCUGAGAGAAACCAUUCAAGACGAGGGGGCCCAUAUAAAUACUAACGGACAGGAAUGCGUUGCAUUCAAGCAGAUGCAUGAAGAGCGAGCUAUCAGGAAGUGUAAAUUGAUCUUGGAUGCGGCUUCAACUGCCCAUGAUCUUUCGUCCCGCUUCGCAAAUAUGGAGGUGAGUUUCAGAAACUUUCAUCGCUCCGGUCUUCAACAAUUUAACCAGGCGAGAGAAAUGGCCGUGAGCCUUGAAUUUGGAAGACUGGCGGAGGUUAUUCGAAGCACUUCUGGUACCCAGUCGAGCCCGACUUUUGUCCCCUAG